UGAAUAUGAGUGUUUUUUAGAUGUGUCUAUGAGAACCAUACCAUAAGACUCUCUUUAAGACUCUUCUGAGAUCCUAGCCAUUCGCAUGCCUAACUGCACUAAACCGCCUUAUCUGUCUGAUUAACCCGUCAACCCCGUUCGAACCCACCCGUUUUGGACAUCUUCUUUACCGGUUAUGGGCCGGGUUGGAAAAAAAUGCACACCUCUACUAUCGCGCAUCCCUUUCUUCACUUCUUCAUGCUUCGACUCUUCUGCGCCUGACCUCCACCGUCGUCUGAGUCGCGCCGCCGUUUGGCUUCGCCGGAUUUCUCCUAUGUUCGCCUAACGAGACAGAGUGAAUCCUGAAUCGCACUUCGAACGUGUUCUCUUCGACAUCUUCACUUAAGCCUUCGAUUUGUCAGAUAAGAUGCUUCCGAGGGCUUUAUUGGCCAAAUUCAUUCUCAAACCCUCCACUGUUUCUCCAUUCCAGUUCAAUCAGCAGAGAGCAUUGCAUAGUAGGAACAAGAAAGCCUUGGAGUUCAUUGCAAAAGGCUGGAAUGCUUUGAAGGAGGUUGAUAGAGUCAUCGAUUAUUCCGAUCCCAAGCAUUCGGGCAUUGUUUCUCUUCUCAGGACAGCUAAGGAGAAUUUCGAGCUUGCUUUGGAAGCUGAUAAUACCAAUACCCAUGCUAGGUAUUGGUUGUCCAGAUUGCAUAUGAAAUACCCUGUUCCAGGAGCUAAUAAAGCUGUAGGGGCAGCAUUAUUGGUAGAAGCAGCAGAAAUGGGUGAUCCUGAGGCACAGUAUGCAUUGGGUUGUCAUCUAAGAGUUGAGAAUGACUAUGUCCAGUCUGAUCAACAAGCUUUUUAUUAUUUGGAGAAAGCUGUGGACCAGUUGCAUCCAGGUGCUCUUUACCUUUUGGGUGCUGUAUAUUUGACAGGCGACUGUGUCAGGAAAGAUAUUGCUUCUGCAUUGUGGUGUUUCCACAGAGCAUCAGAAAAGGGCCAUGCUGGGGCUGCUAUAGCAUAUGGAUCUCUUCUUCUUAAAGGUGUUGAGGUUCCAGAAUCGGUAAUAAAGUUCAGUUUGACGAGAGGUGCUGCAGCUCAUAGACGGGGGAGGAAUAAGGGAGCUCUUGCAAUUGAUCCAGUAGAGAUGGCAAGAGAAAAGUUUCAGAUAGCGGCAAAAGCAGGGUGUGAGCUUGGAUUCAAAUGGCUUGCAAGGUUAGAGGAGGAAGAGAAACGGGCACUCACGGGGGAACAUUGAGAUGAAAUUGAGAAGUGUAGUGUGCUUUUUUUUCUUUCUUUUUUUUUUCGUAGCAGAAUCCGAUCUGAAUCAUAUGAUUUAGCUUGUCUGAAUUGUGGAUUUUAAUCAUCGGUGAAAAACAAUAAAUAAAGGUGAGGAUUUUUGUCAUUGUAUAGUUUGUUGUGCAUGUAUAUUACUAUUCUUUUCAUCAACAGUUCAAAUUUCCCAAUUUUCCUUUUAA